CGCCGAGGAGAAAGCUCUGCUGCAGAAGCCGAAGCCGGUGUCGUGGAAGAACGUGUUGCCGAAGCGUAGCUCGCUGUACAAGCUGAGUCCGUUCCUAGCCGAAGAUGGUUUGCUGCGAAUGAAUGGUCGGAUCGACGAAUGUGCGCAUGUGGAGGAAUGCACGAAGCAUCCGAUACUGCUUCCGAAGCGACAUCUGGUUACGGACCUUAUCAUAGCCAGCGUUCAUCAAAAGUUCUGCCACAUGAAUCAACGCUCAACGAAAUCCGCCGCAGAUUCUACGUUCCGGCAUUGAAAUCGGUCUAUAACCGUGUCCGUGACCGAUGCCAGCACUGCAAGAUUCUUCGAGCGAAACCAGAAGCCCCCGAGAUGUCUGGCCUAUCGGUUGGACGCCUACAGCCAUUUUGCCGUCCAUUUUCCUACGUUGGUAUCGACUACUUCGGACCGAUGCACGUAGUUAUCGGUAGGAGGACCGAGAAACGAUGGGGUGUACUCAUAACCUGUCUAACUGUGCGAGCAGUACACCUCGAAGUCGCACACAGCCUCACCACCGACUCAUGCAUUCUCGCCAUACGAAACUUCAUCGCCAGGAGAGGUGCCCCGGUUCAGAUCAUCAGCGAUCGAGGCACCAACUUCAUCGGAGCCAGCCGCGAACUGAAGGAAGCCCUGCAGCAAGUGAACCAGGACAAGUUGAUGGAACACUUCGUCACCACUGAUACGAAAUGGACGUUCAACCCUCCGGCGUCACCACACUUCGGCGGAGCCUGGGAACGCCUAGUUCAGUCCGUGAAGAAAUCCCUCAAGCACCUACAACUCACCCGCACACCCACAGACGAGAUAUUUCGGAACACGCUUACGGAGAUCGAGCUUACCGUUAAUUCUCGACCACUAACCGAACUACCGCUAGACGACGAGCUAUCGCAAGCGCUCACUCCGAAUCACCUUUUGAUCGGGUCGUCAGACGGUUCAAAGCCCCCGAUCGCAUAUGACGACAGCAGCUACGCUCUGAAGCACACCUGGAGAAUGUCGCAGGUCUACGCCAACCGGUUCUGGCGGCGUUGGGUAGAGGAAUACCUGCCCACACUCACACGAAGGACAAAAUGGUUUAACCGUGCCAAGCCGAUUGAGGAAGGAGACAUCGUUAUCAUCGUGGACGAGACACUGCCAAGGAACUGCUGGCCGAAAGGUCGGGUGGUACAUGCAAUCCGGUCCAAGGAUGGACAGGUUCGUCGUGCACUGGUGCAGACUGCAACUGGAGUUCUUGAGAGACCAGCCGUGAAGAUCGCGGUGUUGGACGUCGGUGCAAACGUGAGUACUUCGGAGCAGUAACCUCGAAGUACUGCGGGGGAGUGUCGCAACCAUGUGUUAAACCGUUUUUUCGCACUGGGUCGCGCCGCACCAACACACUCAACCACAGCGACGGUAGGUACCGCUGUAUCACACCUUGUCCGCACGAAACGUCAGUGAUAGCGGAUAGAAAAACAGUGAACUGAAAACUAUCGACUGAAAAAACGUGUUCGCCCGAGAAUUCGAUAAUUAUUACUAAUUUAUAAUAUAAUAAAGCUAAUAGUACGUUCUAGUUUGCAAUAAGUGAAGCCUAUUGCGGUUAUUGUGAAUCUUACAUCUAAUAGUACGGUGGUAAUCCUUACAAACUAAUAGUACGGAUAGUAAGCGUAGGUUAGUAGAUACAUGCAAUGCUUGAUAUAUGCAAUCACAGUUUAGACUAGAUAAGAUUAAAAUUUGAUAUUUGUGCUACAGCUGCUGUUCUGGAAACAAAAAAGAGAAGAGUGCCUUAAGCGUCUAAUAUUAAAAAUAAGUACCAAACACUCAAGAAACAGUAUUCCCACAUCCGAUCCUGUAACGAUACACUGAAGGGACACUAAACGUAAGUCUAUCAUAUCUACAGUUAAAAUAAUCAAUAUUUACAAAAAAUAUUCAUGUAAAAAAACAACAACAAUAUGCACAACAACAAAAUAACGAAAUACUUAUAUCAUUUUAUAAUUAUAAUCUCUCACGAUAGGA